AACCGUCUCGCUAAUCUGGAGGUAAAAUGGCGUCGGGUGCCAUUUCAACGGAUUCAAAGAAAAUAUCCGAAUUAAGGGUUGUCGAUCUUAAAUCCGAGCUCAAAAGAAGGGGAUUGGACACGUUUGGCGUAAAAAGUGUUUUGCUUUCAAGGCUUAAGCAAGCUAUUGAAGAUGAAGGCGGCGACCCAGAGUACAUUCCGACUCCUGAGUCGACUGAUUCAUUGUCGAGGUUAAGUGGAAAAUCCAGAGGGAAGAAAUCAGAUUCUGAUUUGGAAAAUACCGUGGAAGAAGACGUGUCUUCCAAGGAAGUUGAAGAGUAUGAAUCAGAAAAGGAUAUAACUGAUACCGAUGAUGGUAGUCGCGAAAAUUCAAAGCCUCCACCGUGUGAGGACAGCCUCGCUCACUCUGAGCCUGAGCCCGAGUCUGAAACCAUGGCGGCUGACGCUGACUCAGAGCCCGACCCAGAGGUAGAUGCAGAGGUGGAUGAGGAUGCAGAUGCAGACGCAGACCCAGAACCGGAACCAGAGGCCGAGGCAGAGACAGAAGAAGCCGAGAGGGAUGCUGAAACCUUGAGCUCCUCUAGAGAAGCGGAGGACGAUCACCUAUCCGUCUCAAUCCAAAACGAAGAUGCCAUCACCCUGGAUGUUGAUGGCGACGACCUCCUGGAAACAGGUAAACAUGUGAAACUUCCAGAUACAGAGGCAGAGAAGGGCACUGAGACUUGUGCCGAGACGGGCCAAGAUGAUGACAUGAAGGAUGAAGACAUGGAGGAAGAUGGUACGAAAGACGAUGACGAGCCCACGAAGAAAGACGCCAUGAUGAAGGCUGAAACCGAAGAUAAAGAAAAGGAUUCUGGGAAGAAAGGCCCGUCUGCCACAGGGGCCUCAGGUCAAGCAAAGAGCUCUUCAAGAGACAGAGAUGGAAAAGCAGCAAAGGAUGAAAAGGGUACGGCACUUAAAUAUUCAACAUCCAACUUUUUGGCAGUAGUCUUGCAAUUAAUACUAACAAUGUGUUUUAAAAAAUCUCUAUCUACAGGUGUGAGCAGCUCCUCUCGUAACGUGUGGGUGAGCGGCCUUUCUUCAAACACCAAAGCAGCUGAUUUAAAGAACCUGUUUGGCAAAUAUGGGAAGGUUCUGAGUGCUAAGGUCGUUACAAACGCUCGCAGUCCUGGUUCAAAAUGUUACGGCUUGGUGACGAUGUCUUCCGGUGCCGAAGUGACGCGCUGCAUCUCCCAUCUUGACUGCACAGAGCUCCAUGGACAGCAGAUUUAUGUUGAAAGGGCUAAAAAUGAUCCAUUCAAAAAGGAGCCCUCAAAGAAAGAAGUGGAGGACAAAGCAGGAUCCAGCAAAUCCAAUAAGAACACUUUCACUGGGACUAAACUGGCGAACAAAGCACAGCUAACUUACAAAAAAGAAGAAAAGAAAUCUGAUAAGCUGUCAGACAAGGAUUCAUCCAAGAAACAGGAUUCAAAAAGUGGCUCAUCGAGCUCCGAUCAAGAGUCUUCAAAGAGAGACGACAGAAAGCGUGGCCAAACCAAGAGCCCUGGGAAGUCGACAGAUGAAGAUGAACCUAAAGGAGACGGUGGCUUUGAAAAAAGACCUUUUAGAACUGGAAGAUAUUUUAACAAACCAUUUAUGAACCCCAACUUUGACAGGCGUCCCAAGUGGCUGAUUCCCCCUGAAGAGGUACAAUUGCUGAGGGAGAAGCGGCAAUCCUUUCACAACAAAGGGGGAGAAAUGGUCAUUCUGCCUUUUGACAAGUUCAAGGAGCAGAAAGAGCAGCGGAUGCGUGAGCAAAUGGAGCGCUUCCACAGAGCUGCAGAGCUGCGCAGGCGGCGUGAAAUCGCAGAGCAAGAACGGCGGGAACGCGAGCGAGUCCGUCUGAUGCGUGAGCGAGAAGAACGGGAGAUUCUGCUCCGGGAGCGCCAGAGACUGGAAAUGGAGAGACAGAAACUGGAACGCGAGCGGCUGGAGAGGGAAAGGCUUGAGAGGGAGAGGAUUCGCAUCGAGCAGGAGCGGCGUAAAGAAGCCGAGCGCAUGGCGCGUGAACGAGAGGAGCUUCGGCGGCAGCAGGAGCAGCUCCGCUUUGAGCAAGAGAAGAGAAAUAAUCUGAAGAGAGGACGUGAGGUGGAACACGGUCGGCGGGACGAUCCCUACUGGAAUGGCAACAAAAAAAUGCAUCCCGAGUCGGAGGUCCGUCUGAACCAGGGCUCCAAUUACAACCGGCAGCAGAACCGCUUCCCCAACACAAAUCCUCGGGAGAGGGGCCGUUUUCCAGACGCUGGCCAGCAGCCCAACACGUUUGACAGACGUAAUAGAUUCGAGGGCGAACCAGAGGCAAAGAAGAGUCGGCCGGCUCCUCACAGAGAGGGUUCUGGCUUCGAUAGAUACCCCAAGAACUACGACGCCGUCCACAGACCCGAGCCUCCCCCACGUGGGGACACAGACCGGAGGGACAGGGACGAGCGGCGCCCGCCGCCCCUGGGAGCAAGACCUCCGAUCCCUGCCAUGUCGCACAACCGCCCGCCGAGGGACGGCGCCGCAGGAUGGAAGAAUGAGGGAGGAAUGAAUUCCAGCAAGGGGGACAUGAGAGGGCCGAUGCGUAUGCGUGACGAUCGUCCUGGCAGAGACGCUGGGAGAAGCGGCUUUAAUAACAGAGGUCAACCCAUGGGGAUGAAUGAGCAGCCGUUCAGCUCGGGGCGCCAGGUUGUGGUGGAGCGUCACAGUCGGGAUCAAGGACUGAGGAAGGAGUGGCACGGCGGCUCAGGCUCUCAGGUGUUUUCUGACAACCGCAGGAUGGGAGACGGUCGCGGCGGCAUGAUGGCUUCCUCCAGCCACUCUUCGUCAGGACUGGGCCGGAUCGUACAGAUCACCAACAACUCCAUUUCCAGCGGCGCCGUGGGCGGAUUCAAGGCUUUCAAAGGAGCAUCGCGGCCGUUCUAACACCGAGUAGAGACGCUUUAAAGAGUUGGAUAUUUGAAGAUUUUCCUGAACACUUUAUUUUUAAAGUAACUGUUUUGGGUGGAACAUUAGCAGCCUUGAGGUUUAGUCCCUUGUUUUAAUCUGUACGGACAGUGUUGACCUCAGUUCUGCUGGUACCACAAAACACCCCUGUGCACGUUUUAAUAUUUCUGAAGUUGCUGCACAGCCCAGCGUCUUUGUAACAAGUUUUCCAGUUAUGACAUAGAACUUCUCUCAAGUGUUUGUAUAUUUUCAUUAGCGUAGUGUUGCUCUGUUUCCUGUGAAAUGUUUUAUUUCAGUGUAUUAUAGAACUCAAAAUAACUGCUGGAUCUGGAUGUUUCAUUGAAAUGGAUGACGGUCCUCUUUUUUUUUUUUUUUUUUUUUUUAUUUAUACUUUUUUUAUUUUGUUUGGAAGUUGUACUUUAAUGAAGGUGUCAAAUUUUGUAAAGAUGUACUAAUCUGCUUGAACAGGAUAAAGCUGUGUAAAGUUAAAUCUGUGAUGGACUGGAUUCAGGGAGGACUGAAUCAUGUUCAGGUGUUGCUAAGAAGAAACGGCGAGAGGAAAUCUGUUUCUGUUUGUAAUUCAACUGUGGACAUUUUACAAAUAUAAUUUGAGUAUCAGUUUUCAUCUUCAUGGAGUUUUUUUUAAUUUUUUAAAUUUUUUUACCUUGUCUGUAAACGGAACAGUUCCUCUAUUGAAGGUUUGAAUCUGGAAGGUUUGGCACAAUAAAAAAUCAGUCUGAAGCUUGAAAAAGCUCUAGGCUGCUACUAAAGUGAAGAGGGCACUGCUUUGACUAGGCCAUCAUGUGGAGGGAUUCCUGUUAUUUCACUGCUUUUGUCAUUUCAAAGCUUUAUCCUUUCAGUUGCACCAGUCGCCACUUUGGAUGUCAUGUUUGUAACCUUAACCACACACCGGAUGUUAUUGGUUAUUAAACCUUAAUUAGAAAACAAAAUAA